AUGGUGAAGACUUCACAGAGGAAGCAUUGUGACUGUGGAAAACUAUCAAAACCAAAGCCUGGUUUAAACAUCUCAAACCCUUUGAGGAUGUCCAGUUACAUAUUCAAGAGACCAGUGACUAGAAUCACAUCCCAUCCCAGCAAUGAGGUCAGAUGUUAUCCCUGGGAGGAAACAUUGGACAACCCCCAACAGCUCUACUGGCAGAAGAGACUGCAAGGACUCCAGGCCUGCAGCAGUGCAGGAGAGCUGUUAAGUCCUCUGGAUCUAGCCAAAGUCUUGCAAAAAAUUGCACCAAGUUGCCCAGGUGAGUCCCUUCCACGGGUACAUGCAGGUGGUCCAAACUCCAACCCCAUGGCCGCCCCUGCCUGGUCUUCAGAUUUGUCCCAGACCAUUCCAGCAGCUGGUUCCAGCACCCCACAGCUCCUCUGCAAACAGUGUCUGGUAACUGAGGAGGAUAUCAGGAAUCAGGAAAGGAGAGUGAAGACAGCAAGAGAGAGACUGGCAAUAGCACUGGUUGCCGACAGACUGGCUGGUGAGGCAGAGAAAGUGUGGGACCAAGAAGGAUGCCCUGGGCCAAUGCUGUGA